AUGCUACCUGCCUUGCAACUUGCGUCACUAUGGCUGACCGAAGACAUGCCCCUGCUUUGGUUCAGUCACUUGACCUUUGGACAUCGUCGCCAUAAUCCGGCCGGUCAAGUGUACCUGGAGAGAAAUCCUCAUUAUAAGACCCCAGCAGCCCUUGCUACUGUCAAGGCGAACCUAGUCGAAUUUGGAAAAACGAACUUUUUCUCGUUUGACCAUCCUGGUGUGAGGAACAACUAUUACGGCUGUACAUACAGUCACAAAGAAGCGUUGCCUUACUUUAACGAGUUCAAGUCCGCUGACUUUCCACUUGUUCUCUCUAGUAAGGGUGUCCGAAAGCCUUGCAUCGCCCUUACAAGGGGCUUCGUCAAAGCCCUUCAAUCGACUAGUGUAAGUGAAAACGAACGAUACAGAACCCUUUUCAUGCUCGCUACUGUUCUGUGCCAUGAAGUUGCGCACGGGUACCACAUGUUCCAUCAUAUCAGUCCUGAGCCACUGUGGGCUGCAGAUGAGAAGAUUCCAGAACUAGGCUUCUCGUGGGAACUGAACGUGGUUGGUCAUCUACCGAUGCCUACCGGUAAGAGUGCGUUAGACGGCCAAUUCCACGAACUACACGCGUUCCGCAUGCUGGAAGUUCCAUCAAGCGCUGAUGAACGUCUUAAGGUUCUCCGUUAUCUCAAGGGCAACUCACGUGCAGAGUUCACGACACGAGAUGCUUCCGGACACCAUCGCAAAUGGCCUGUUGUAAACGGCGGAACCUUUCGUGGUGCGAAAUGGACAAUGAGCAGCGACGCGCAAUACUUCAUCGCCUCCUUUCACGACGUUCCCAUGCACUGGGUAAUCUCUUGGUUCCAGCAAGAUGUCUGGGAAACGCUUAAGGCGCGAUGGGUGCAAGCAAACAGGUUUGAACCUCCUGCUCUCGGCCAAGCCUUCAUGAUCAUCUACGAGAGAAAUCCGUACGGAGUGCAGGUUCAUCGACCUCUUUACCCAGACAACCGUGUAGACGCGAUGAUACUCGAAGAACAUCGUAAAUCGGUGCAGAAAUAG